CGAGUUUUUAUAAAGGAUAUGCGCGCAAGUUUUGGCAGGACAGAGGGGGCUCUCUGCGGGGCAGAACUAUAUCAUAGACCCUUCAAACACAGGAAUACUCCCACUGUGCCUUAACAAACCAUCUGUUUGUCAACUUUAGGUAUUUUCAACAACAACCCCUCGAUUCGACAAUGAGUGCGACUGUUGUGUCCUCCUUCUUCGACUACGAAGUGACGAAUAAGAACAAUAAGGUGAUGAGCUACAACAGUCCCCUCUCCAGUUCCCAUUUACAGUCUGUCCCCACCACCGGUGCCAAUACCCCCUUCACCCCCACCGGGUCCCUGCUGGACAGGAAGGUGGUGGGUACCCCUUCAGUGGGACUCUACCAGCGCCGCCACUCCGUGUCUGUUACCAGUUCCAAAUCGACGCAGAACCAAUUUAUCAACAGCCUCAAGAUGGACGGCUCGGCUUCAAUGAACGGCAGCAACAACAACAAGGAGAACCGCUUCCGCGACCGGUCCUACUCUGAGAACGGGGAGCGUCUAAGGCCGAGCAACAUCACGUGCAUUGGUGCCAAUGGAAACAGCCAGGUCAACUCAAGCCGCUAUAAGACCGAACUCUGCAGGCCCUUUGAGGAGAAUGGCACUUGUAAAUAUGGUGACAAGUGCCAGUUUGCCCAUGGGAUGCACGAGCUUCGUAGUCUAAAUCGCCACCCCAAGUACAAGACAGAGCUCUGUCGCACCUUCCACAGCAUUGGUUACUGCCCAUAUGGGCCGCGCUGUCACUUCAUCCACAACGCAGAGGAGCGAUGCGGACCCCCUCCUCUCUCCGCCUUCAACAAGAUGGAGCGACCUCGCCUUCAUCACAGCUACAGUUUUGCCGGUUUCACAAGCUCAGGUGGCUCCCAGGGCAGCCCGACCUCUGUCACACCUCCGCCCAUAUUUUCCAACGAAAACGUCAACGAGUGGCCCAGCAACCCCUUCACUUACUCCAGUCAAGAGUUUGCCAACUUGUUUGCGCCCAGUUUAGAUGGCAUCACUGUUCCUGAUCUGCCCGGUCCUCAUUCUCCCACCGCACCUUCCUUCUUCAGGCCAAUGUCCGAGUCUCCCCCAAGCCCCCUGGAUUCCCUCUCCGACCAGGAGGGUUACCAGAGCAGCCUGGGCAGCCAGAGCGGAUCCGAGUCACCUGUGCUGGACGCGACACGUCGCCUCCCCAUCUUCAGCAGACUCUCCAUCUCUGACGAUUAAAACCUGCCCUCGUGGGUUUCAGGCGUGAGAGAGAAAGCACGGAGAGAGCUGGCGAGAAAGAGAGUCAUUUUCCUCCUAGCAAUCCCUUCCUGUCCUUGCUUUGUUUACAGCAGAGAAGUGGACUAAAGUACAGUGUUUCCGUAGCCACUGAGUCAAAUCAGAAAGUGUAUUACCCUGUAGCAUCAACCUUCGGCAUAUUCCCAAGCCUCCCUAGAUGUCUUUAACACGCCUGACGUAAUGCAAAAACAACGAGCUGUUCCCCUCAAGGCCCACUUAAACGUUGAGGUCUCAAAAUCCUCACUGGAUCAUGUUAAACGAAUCCAUAUUUAGUUCAUAGUGUUCAAACUAAAAAGCAAGAGUUUUCAAAAUUGUUCAAGGACCUUUAAAGAAUCUACUGAAUAUUAUAGCAACGACGUGCUUUACAGACCUGGAAGUGCCACUUUUCUUGCAGAAGACCCUCGCCGGUAGAUCCUCGGGACUUUAAGUGCCUAUCAAACAAUUCAUUUACCACUUGUUGAGUCACAUUGAUUUUGGGUGAUCUGGGAUAGAAAAGGUUUAAAGAAAAGAAAUCAAACCCAUCUUGGAUUUGUAUGAAUCAUUCUUAAAGAUAUUUCUACGUCUAGUGGUGCUAAAUGCGCUGUCACCGUGGUAAUUAUCCCUACAAACAUGUGAUCCCUUGCGCUAAAAUAGUGUGUUCUGGUUGUUGGGAUUAUUCAAGAGAGA